AUGCUGAACCCGCAGAGGUCUCUGUCCGAGCUGCCCAAGAUGUCCUCCGCCAGCCAAGUGGAGCGGGCCGUGCUGGAGGAGGAGUUCAACUGGCUGCUGAGAGAAGAGGUCCACACUGUCCUCAAGCAGCUGCAGGACGUUCUUAAGGAGGCCUCUCGGCGCUUCAGCAUGCCCUCUCCAGGACUGGACAGUCAGCUCAAACAGGAGAACUUCAUCCUGGGAAGCUCCACGAUGGACCAGGUGAAGGGGGUGCUGACGCUGCAGGGAGAGGCCCUCACACAAGCAGACAUUAACCUGAAGACGGCCAAGAGCAACCAGCUCCUGCACUUCCAGUUCAGAGAUGACAAGCACUGGAAACUGCAGCAGAUCCAAGAUGCUCGGAACCACGUGAACCAAGCCUUGCACCUGCUGAGCUGCCGCGACGACACCUACCACUUUAAAACCGGAGCAGAAGUGAACAAGCUGAUGGAUGCUGUGAUGCUGCAGUUGACCAGGGCGAGGAACCGUCUGACCACCCCAGCCUCCCUCACCCUGUCGGAGCUGGCCACCAGUGGACUCAUGAAAAUGUUCAGCCCGCCCAUGCCUGGAGAUGUUAUGGUCAACUUUUACAUAAACCUGAGCAAACUGUGUCUGACGGUGUACCAGCUGCAUGUGCUGCCCUCCAACACCAUCAAGGUUUGCCCCCGCAUACUCACCACACUCACCACACCUGCCACACUCGCUACACCUGCCACACCUGCCACACUUGCCACACCUGCCACACUCGCCACACCUGCCACACUCGCCACACCUGCCACACUCGCCACACCUGCCACACUCGCCACACCUGCCACACUCGCCACACCUGCCACACUCGCCACACCUGCCACACUCGCCACACCUGCCACACCUGCCACACUCGCCACACCUGCCACACUCGCCACACCUGCCACACUCGCCACACCUGCCACACUCACCACACCUGCCACACUCGCCACACCUGCCACACUCACCACACCUGCCACACAUACCACACUCGCCACACCUGCCACACUCGCCACACCUGCCACACUCGCCACACCUGCCACACUCGCCACACCUGCCACACAUACCACACUCGCCACACCUACCACACUCGCCACACCUGCCACACUCGCCACACCUGCCACACUCGCCACACCUGCCACACUCGCCACACAUACCACACUCGCCACACCUACCACACUCGCCACACCUGCCACACUCACCACACCUGCCACACUCGCCACACCUGCCACACUCGCCACACCUGCCACACUCACCACACCUGCCACACUCGCCACACCUGCCACACUCGCCACACAUACCACACUCGCCACACCUACCACACUCGCCACACCUGCGACACCUACCACACUCGCCACACUCGCCACACUCGCCACACCUGCCACACUCGCCACACCUGCCACACUCGCCACACAUACCACACUCGCCACACCUACCACACUCGCCACACUCGCCACACCUGCCACACCUACCACACUCGCCACACUCGCCACACCUGCCACACUCACCACACCUGCCACACUCACCACACCUGCCACACUCACCACACCUGCCACACUCGCCACACCUGCCACACUCACCACACCUGCCACACUCGUCACACCUGCCACAACUGCCACACUCGCCACACCUGCCACACUCGCCACACUCGCCACACCUACCACACCUGCCACACUCGCCACACCUACCACACUUGCCACACUCGCCACACCUACCACACCUACCACACUCGCCAGACCUGCCACACUCACCACACCUGCCAUACUCAAUCACAGACUGUAA